CAUAUCCGGCUGAGCUCGUAGAACUGCGGAGGAGCAAUCCAAAGUCGCCGGGCCUGGUAGCUCUGCAGGAUCUCUGAGGGUGUGGACCACUGAAACACACAACAGGUACACACUUUCUUUUCUGACCACCAUCUCAGUGGAGUUGACAAGAAAAACAAACAAGCUGGUCAAGUCUUCAAGACAUUCCCUUCAAUAUUUGAAAGAUGAAGAGAACAAUAUGACGAUAUCCGUUUAAGACUGGUUUUUGAAGAAGCUGUGGAGGACAUUUAUGGACUCUAAAUAACGAGGUUUCAAAUCACAAAAAUGGAAACAGGCAGCAUCAGUAAAGCUUCAGAAAAUGGCCCCACAGACAAUGAUGGCCCCUUGGAGAAAAAGCGACCUGAGAAAGCAACAAUGCUUCAACAAGAUAUUGGUUUGCUGAGUGGCAUUUCCCUGAUUGUGGGAACAAUGAUUGGCUCAGGGAUCUUCAUUUCCCCUAAAUCAGUGUUGCUGUACUCAGGAGCUGUGGGUCCCUGUGUCCUCAUCUGGGCUGCCUGUGGAGUAUUAGCCACUAUGGGAGCCCUUUGCUAUGCUGAACUUGGUACUAUGAUCACCAAAUCAGGGGCAGAGUACUCCUAUUUAAUGGAGGCCUUUGGAUCCAUUGUUGCCUACCUUUACUCUUGGACCACUGUUAUGGUGCUGAAACCUUCCUCAUUUGCCAUCAUCACUCUUAGCUUUGCAGAAUAUGCCUCUGCUCCUUUUUACCCUGACUGCAGCCCUCCUCUCGUGGUUAUCAAGUGCCUGUCCGCAGCUGCAAUAAUCAUAAUCACUGGUGUCAACUGUUUGAGCGUCAAACUAGCAAGCUAUGUGCAGAACUUUUUUACUGGGGCCAAACUUAUUAUCAUCAUCAUCAUUGUGGUGGCUGGCAUCGUUCUGAUGGCUCAAGGAAAAACAAAGAACAUGUCAAAUGCAUUUGAAGGCUCAGCCACGUCUUUUGGAGCAAUUGGACUUGCUUUUUAUAACGGACUUUGGGCUUAUGAUGGAUGGAAUCAACUGAAUUUCAUCACCGAGGAGCUAAAAAACCCAUACAGAAAUUUGCCUCUGGCCAUCGUCAUUGGAAUCCCUUUGGUGACUGUGUGCUAUGUGUUUGUCAACAUAGCUUACUUUACUGUUAUGACGCCCUCUGAACUGCUGUCGUCUUCAGCUGUUGCAGUGACUUUUGGGGACAGAGUCCUUUACCCUGUGGCUUGGUUAGUUCCUCUGUUUGUGGCCUUCUCAACCUUUGGUUCUGCAAAUGGAAGCUGCUUCACUGCUGGCAGACUGUCCUAUGUAGCUGGUCGAGAGGGUCACAUGGUGAAAAUCUUAUCCUAUAUUAGUUUGAAACGCUACACUCCUUUACCUGCUCUCUUAUUUAAUGGCAUUUUGGCAAUAUUCUACAUUAUGCCUGCAGACAUCAAUACUCUGAUAAACUACUUCAGUUUUGCUCAGUGGGCCUUCUAUGGUCUGACAACUCUGGCUCUAAUUGUUAUGCGUUUCACCCGGAAAGAUCUCGACAGGCCUGUGAAGGUGCCAAUUGUCAUCGCUGGCAUUGUAACCUUGGUGUCCUGCUACCUUGUCUUGGCCCCAAUUAUCGAUAAGCCUGAGUGGGAGUACCUUUACUGCACCAUCUUCAUCUUCAGUGGACUCAUCCUUUACUUCCCAUUGGUCUACAAGAAGGCAAACUGGGCACGCAAAAUCAUGAGGCCCAUCACCAUGCAUCUCCAGUUGCUAAUGGAGGUAGUUCCAUCAGAGAAAACCGAAUAGGAAGGGACAACCUGUUCAGCUGAAUUCUUGAGAUCUCCUGCUGCAUUUGGGACUUUAUCAGGAGAAGAUCUGGUGCUCGUAAACGAUCACUGUCAAAAACAAGAACAUAUUCUGUUUGAAAAGCUAUCCCUAUGUUAGGGAGAAUGAGUUGAUCUUUAAAAUCAUGAUUUUUAAUAAUUUAUGAGGUUAUCAUUGCAUGUCAUACAAUAGAAGGUUAGGGAUGAUAGAAACAGAUGACUAGACUAGAGUGUUGCAGUCGUAAGUCAUGGGUGUGCUGCAUUGAACAGUGGAAGAGUAUGCUUCCACCUCGGUUUCUCACCACAGAUUUUGAUUCUGCAACUUUGCACUGAUGCAGAAAAAAACAUACCUAUUGCCAGUUUUCUAAUAAAAAUUGACUGCAUUGUUGUUCAUGAACUUGUGAAACAGGAUAGCCUGAAAAUAUCAGGCAUAGUUCAGAAAUGGUCUUUAUGCUUCAUACCGACAUCUCUCUCUCUGUGUGAUAGAUUUUAGGAUAGAAAUUUUUUUUAUUUAUGUGUGGAAGUAAACAUCACUUGCAUUAAACACUCACUUUGACAUUUGCUACCUGAAUUCAAAACCAGAAUGAAAAAUAGCUGCUAAAUUCUUCCGUAAAAGGAUAUGAUUUAAUUUGUUAAAAUGCAUUUAGAAAUGAGGCACAUGAGGGCUUCAGCAUCAUUGCUACAAGAGGUUUUUUUUCUCUGAUUCGCCAGUUUAAAUUGAAUUAUCAGAUUUUAUCUUUAAAAGUGGAUUUUGUAAAACUUUCAUUACUGUUAAGUUAUAUUGUCUCUAGACUGAGAGUAUUGUGCUACUCGCUGUUUAUUAAAGUUUUAAUCUCUUCAAACACAAAUAUUAAGCUGCUACUUUUUUAAACUUCACAAAUGUUUAAUUGAUUGAAAUAAAUCAGUUGAUUGCCAAUUAAGAUAUAUAGGAAAACUGUGAGAUGAUGUGUAAUGUAUGUUUUUUGUCCUAAUAAUUUAAUGAUUUGAUUUUGUAGAUGUAGGAGGCAUAAAUAAUAAAGUGCAAGUUAUUUUCAGUUUAGUCAAGUGGAAGUUCAGUUACCAUACUGCACACAGGACAUAAUUAACAGCCACAGUAACAUCUGCCAAAAACACAAAGCCAGUAGAUGCAGCUUAUAUAACAUAUGGUUAUUUCCCUUGAGAGUUUUAAUAAUGAAAAAACCAUGUAAACUAAGCACAAGUAACACUUUUGUACUUGAAAAAUAAAAUUUGUUGCAUAUACAUGAUUCCCAUUCUGUACGUUGAAGAACGGCUCAGGGACAUUGCUUAAACAAAAUAUCUUGAGUCUUAUUUCAGUGGAGGAAAACCGUCAAGUGUGUUCAUCUAAAUUGUUCAAUAAAUAAUAAAAAGAAAAAUUGUCACUGCAAAUUCCAAUAAAAUAAAUUAAACUUUG